AUUUAAUGUCCAUUCAUGAUGUCCCUUCCCUUCCAUUCCAUUCUUCUCCCCUGCCAAAAACAAAAACAAACAACACAAAACAACAAAAAUGAAAGCUCCCAACAAAAUGAAUCUCAAUACAAACUUUUAGAAUUUGAAGCGAUAUUAAACCCAUUUCUUCUUCAAACAAAGGGAUCCGAUAAUGGCAAGUGGGUGGGUCAAAUCUUUGCAUUGCAAAUCAAGAGCUUUUGAAGAUGUUUAUCACCCAAAUCCCAAGCAUUUAAUACCCAGUUCUAGUUGUAGACGAAGCUCUCAAAGCAUCAAAGAUGUUAUCAAAGCCACUAAGAAAAUGCCCAAGAAUUCAAACCCGAAAUUGUUUCCUAGGUCCAACAGUCAACCCGAAUCCGAUUCGAAUAACCCACCGCCUCGACCUCGCCGGAGUAGUUCUACUUCUACUACCACUACACGUUCUGUUCGGAACCCUGACCCUGUUUUGCCGUCGUUGACUGAGUUACCGGCGGGUCAUCCUUCAAGGAAUGUGGUUGAGAUUAUUUUUCAUACGAGUUGGAGCCCCAAGGCUUUCACGGGUCGAAUUGAGAUGAUUUUUAAAGUUCAAAACGGGCCGAGGACAGUGGCCCGGUUCGAUGAGUACCGAGAGACGGUCAAAGCUCGGUCUGGGUCGGGUGGUUUGGUUUCUGGCGACGAGGAAAACGCGAGGUGCGUGGCGGAUGGGAAUGAAGUAAUGCGGUUUCAUUGUUUGGGUCCAACUCCGGGGAACUGUUCGAUGAACGAAGCGUGGCUGUUUUCCAGCGGGAAAGGAGCGGCGAUUUGUACGUAUGCCGGGAGCGGUGAGGCCCACGAGAGCGCCGGUGGUGGGAAAGGGAGGAAAGCAAUGUUGGUUUGCAGGGUUAUUGCGGGUCGGGUCUCGAAACGGGUAGGGUUCGGGUACGAGUCAUUGAUGGAUGGUCGGAUCGGGUAUGACUCAGUGAGUGGGGACAACGGCGAGUUGCUCGUGUUUGAUCCACGUGCAGUAUUACCAUGCUUUCUUAUUAUCUACAAAUUGUAAAUUUUCCCUUAAUUUGUUUUCUGUUUUAUGUUUUUUUUUAAUGAGGGGUGCAUCGUCUUGGUUGCAUUUUAUCAACACAA